AGUCUGUGCUUCUCACUCAAUUUUAGUUGUUAAAGUCAUCACCAAGUAGACGGUUUAAUUUUUUUAAGUUCAUUCCUUAUUAAUUUUAUCUUUGAGUUUUUAUUUUUAAACCAUUCAUCGAGGUACAGUGUGUACGGAUAGACACGACACCCCCAUAUAGUGAACCAUUAUGUGUUGAACGAAUAAUAAAAUACGAGAAAGAAUAAAAAAGUGCAUUAAAAAAUAUUUUUAAUAAUAAUUUUAAUGUGUCUGCGCCAUUUUGAUUCUAUUCAUAGAAAAGAAAAUAUAUAAAUUAAUGAAAUUUUUAUAUGAAUAUAAAUUGCGAGAAAGAGAGAAAAACAGUUGAAAAAAAAUAAAAAUAGAAGAAACAAAAAUCAAAGUUUCAUAAUUAUUAAAACAAAAAACGAGUGUGAAUGCAAAUAGGAUAUACAGUAAAGUAAAGUAAGCAACUAAGGCCCACGAAAGAAAGAAACAAGUCAUAUAGUCAAAAAGAUGUCGACAUUUAACGAGAGCAUAGAGAAACGAGAAGCAUCGAGUAACGAGAAUUCAAAGAAGAUAUUUGACGAGCAGGUUUACAACGAUUCGGGAUUCAUAACAGAGAGUUGCGAAUUAUUAUCGUCAGAACAGAGUAAAGAAAUCACAUUUGGUGCUGAUAAUACCAAGUCUCAAGAAACUGAUAUGACAACAAAAGCGACGGGAAAAUCCCAUUCUAAUAAAGAUAACGAAAAUUACACAGACAGUGGCAUUGUUUCUUGUUCAAACAUAUCAUCGUCAACACUCAGCAAUUCACAGACGAAAGGUAUGCAUGUAUUGUUGGAACUACAACCUUAUGUUCCAGAAUACAUGCUUAGAUCGCUUAGUGGCAUCAAGAGACAGCCACAUCCAACGCUACAGAUUGAAAAGUAUUUUGAGCAGGACGAAGACGGCUAUACAAAAUUACACAUUGCCAUUCUACAUAAUAUUGAGCCAGCAAUUCAAGUUCUCAUCAAUUUUGCACCAGAUGAAAGUUAUCUGAACAUUAGGACCUUCUCGGGUCAGAGUGCACUCCACUUAGCGGUUUUAUUAAACCAAAGCUUAACAAUUAAACGACUUAUCGAUGCCGGAGCUGAUGUCAAUAAUCGUGAUAAUAGAUGUAAUUCACCAUUACACUUGGCAGUCCUCAAUGAAGAUAUUAAUAGUGUAAAGAUUAUUCUCGCUGCCAUUUAUCCACAAUCCAAAUCCACAACAACGUCUUCUUCGUCAUUAUCAUCAGAACUGAUUGCAAAUCUUGAACAAUGGAAUUACGAUGGUGAGACGUGCUUCUAUGUCGCAUGUCGUCUUCAAAAUAUUCCAAUAAUGAAACUUCUCGCUAAACAUGGAGCUAAUAUAAAUGCACGAGAGGGCCGAUCUGGAUAUAGCGCACUACAUUUAGCAGUCGAAACACAUUCAAAUGACGUUAUCAAGUUUCUAUGCGAGGAUUGUGACUCGAUAGACCUUGAUUAUGAGAAUUAUGGUGGCUUCACAGCAUUUCAAUUAAGUCUAUUAACGAAUCAGGAAGCAUUGGCCAAUUACUUAGUGAAAAAGGGAGCUACAGCAUUUUACACGCCAGAGAGUGAUUAUGAUGACAGUGACGAUAGUGACGUCAGUACUAAUGAAUUUGAAGAAUUGGAGAAGAAUCAGUUGGUAAAUAAAAUUGCUGAAAUUGCCGUUAAUUAAUAAUUUAAUAAGAAAUCCCCAUGAUUAAUAAGAUUAAAUGAUACAUCCAUAAAAAUAUCCCAAAAAAAUAAAUUCUUUCAUCUAUUCAUAAGAUGCUACAUGUAAAAUGAUAAAAAAAGCGGAUUAAUCACUAAUUCCUUUAUUGUUGUUUUGUAUUAAUUAAUUACACUUAGUGAAGAAUUCUCAUUGAAUUCCUUUAUGAAAGAGAAAUCAUUUCUAAGAGAAAAUAAAAUCAAUUGUUAUCAAUUUUAUGAUUCUAUAAAUA